GGCGCGGCGUGGGGCUCGGCUUGCGGCGGCUGCAUCCUGGGGCCUGCUGGCGCUGGGGCUCCGGGCGGCUGCCGCGGCGCUGGGGCAGGACGGGGGACGCGGGCAGGGCCGCAGCGGCGAGGGCAGACAGCUGGGCUUGAGCCCUAGUCGGGCUGGACAGGCGCCCCGGGAACCGCAAGGGCCCCACGGAAAUGCCGAGAUAAAACACAGACGAGGGCUGCAUGUAAGGACACGGCGUUUGGGUGCACAGAGCCACGACAGAAAGGCUGUGAACUCGAUGGCGUGUGAGGCAGGGUGCCGUCCCCUGGGUGUGUUCGAGUGCCAGCUCUGUGCCCUGACAGCUCCAUACAGCUACGUGGGACAGAAACCCCCCAACACCCAGUCUAUCGUCCUGCUGGAGGAGAGCUACGUCAUGAAGGACCCCUUUACCCCAGACAAGGACAGAUUCCUGAUCCUCGGUUCCAGAUGCACCUUAUGCAGCAGGCUGGUGUGUGUGGGCCCGGAAUGCAGUUUAUUCUACUCCAAGAGGUUUUGCCUCCCCUGUGUCCAGGAGAACAUUGAUGCCUUCCCUCAGGAAAUCCGGCAAGACUUGGAGAAAAGGAAAGUUCCAUCAAAGAGGCCUUCCAGCCAGCCCGGUUCUCGGACUUGAGUGCCGCUGGGGUGCAGCAGCAGCAGGGUGGGAUGAGAAGACACCCAAAGGGCAGAUUUCAGCUGACAUCCUGUGAGCCAGCCCAGCGCUCCAGGGCUCUGCAGUGCAGGCGCCGAGGGCAGGCCAGGAACUGGCCACAGAGGGAGCCACGGCCAGCCGGGCCAGCCCUUCUGUUCUUCUGGACUGGAGCUCUGGGCCUUCUGUCAGGGCCGGGCCUGGCCCCCUUCCUGCUCCCACACCACCAGGCGUGCAGGCCCUUGUGCCAUUUGUGUGAUUCAUCAGACGCGGGAGUGCCUGCCUUGCCAGGCUGCUCUGCGGGGCCCUGUGGAUGAGGCCCAGCCUCAGAGCUGCCGGUCCCGGGUGGGGAGACCCUCUGUGCUUGUGUCCAGGUCAUGCUGGCCGUGCUCACGCCCAGGCAAGAGGAUCUGCCCCCACAGUCAGCGCUGCGGCGCUGCUGUCCCUGCAAGGGAGUGUUCACCUGGCAAAGGUGCCAUUUGGCAGCGGCUCCCAGGGAGGCUUUCGGUGCCCGUGUGGGAAGGUGCCCGAGGUGUGCUAAGAGCUGCGGGACGUGACUGGGAGGUCCGGUGGGUUUGUACUCCCCACCCAUCUGUGAUGCUGGAAAAUGUUUGAUCUUCAUCAUGUUUAUAAUUAAAAACCCAAACCACCA